CUCUUGUACUUCCACUCAGUGGUGCCUGAGGUUGGUUUGUCUUCUACAAUCCUCGCCUCGCAUACUGUGCACCUUGCCGAUGAUGGAAGAUCUGGUCCGCGAAUUCAACAGCCUUCCACGCCCACAAACUACUCCAACAGGCUUGCCCAACCAUUGGGUGUUCCGGACUCGUCAUGUGCCGUUACAGCCACCCGGUGACCUUCUGAUCGCCGUCCACCCACCCAGCACCUUCGCCUUGCACGCGGGACCGGCGCAAAUCCUGAAUCUGCCUUCUCUGCCCGACAAGGCAACUGCAAUCGUGAGCUUGCUCCUGGAUGCAUUCAUCAAGGGUAGUCGCGAUCCCACUGGCAGGCAGGAAGCUCCAGCUUUCGCACCUUGGACCUGGGCAACCGACGACCAGGAGCUGGCAGAGGCAAUACAGCUGAAGCUGAGAGACCACGGCGUUCAGGAGGCGCUUUGUAACGUGGGCUUGUUGCAGCUUGGUGAUGCCUCCCAGUGCCACCACUGCCGCAAGACCUUUUCCACAUCACCCAAGAGAUGCUCCGCUUGUGGUAAGGCGUACUAUUGCAAUCGGGACUGUCAGAAAGCGGACUGGAAGCGACACAAGAAGCCCGACUGCUUGGCCAACCGUUCCGACUCUAAUUCCUCGGCAAGUGCUGCGCAGGCACGAGAAGUUGUCGACGCGCACACCUAUUUCAACACUGUAGCGCAUACUAUCCCGGAAGCCCAAGCACUGGCAAGGACGCUGAAUCUCGUCUUGCCCAGCUCUCUAUCUCCAGCUCAGAGACAAGGCACACGUGCGGAGAACAUGGCGAUGCUUUUCGGUCCAUCUUGGCAAGAGAGCAUACAGAGAGACCGUGACGAGAUUCGUCUCGAAGUCCUGCUCAAUCCUCCAAGAGGCUCUCCCUCAUACGCCAUAAGUGCACAACUCGAUGCUGGUGGCCCAACGUGGUCUCCGCGUCCAGCAACCCCACAAGAGAGAGCAAGACUCGAUGAAGUGCGCGAAAUGCAGGCAAUGAUACGCCAGCGUGUAGGAUCGCAUCAAUGUAUGUGUAAUGUACCCGAUGACAUCCAGCUCAAGCUUUCGUACAUGAGACCUUCCAGCUCCUUGCCGCAUCGUCCAUACUAA